AUGUAUAAAGAUGAAGAGACCACAGAUGGAAAAGCUUCGCCAGACGGCAUAGUUGCUACCUUGGCUGAGAACACUCCACAUUUGCCGACAUCCAUCUCCAAACGAUCAUUCAUGGACGACGCUUAUUUAGAAGAUGGACCACUGUUUCGAGCCACCAUCAAGCAGUUGGAAGACCGAACAUCUCAAUUGAAGCAAUCACUCAAAAAGAUCAUCAAGUCAGCAUCAGCCGCACUGGAUAUCCGUCGUCAACUGUCUCGAGCAGAUGAAAUCUACUACGAUGCCUUGCGUGAAAUGCAGUGUGCCGAGCCAUUGAUGAGCCACUACCUGAACAAUGCGUGCCAUAUCAUCCAGCAAGAGCGCAUUCGACUGGAUCAAUCGCUCUGCAGCCAAAUGCUAGCACCACUGCGACAAAUAUACGACCAAGACAUCAAGAUGGCAGAAUUGAAAAGACGACAAUUUGAAGAGGAGAGCAAAGAAUAUUAUGCUUCACUUGCCAAAUAUCUAAAGAGCAAAAAGAAACCCGCAGAGGAGGAGCAAAAGAAGCAGAACCAGCGAAAGAACAGGUUUGAUCUAGCAAGGUUUGAUUAUCUGGGGUUUUUGCUAGAUGUGCAUGGCGGCAGAAAAGAGAACGAAAUCCUGUUUUGUAUCACGGAUCACACUAUUCGAGACUUCAAUUAUUAUGAAUCCAUUGCGACUAAAAUUGAAUCUGAAAAACUUGGACUAGAUGAAUUGGUAUCACUCAUGACAGCCAAUUCAUUAGAGCAAGAAGUGGCAACGAACGAAAGAGCUGCUAAACGAAAAGAGUUGCUGUGUAACAUUGAUAACGUGGAUCAACAACUAAAACAGACAGAAGAGAGCAGCGAUGAAAGCGCAGCAACUGCACCAGCUAUACCUGAAUUGAACCUCUCGCAUCACAGCAACGAGGAUGUCAUAUUCAAGGGCAUUCGAGAUAUGGAGCAAAGAGAUCAAGUGGUGGGACGCAAAAAGGAAGGCUUCUUAUUUGCUACCUCGAAACCAUCCAAAAGCACAGGUGGGUUUGAUGUGACCGGCUCGUCGGUGACAUGGCACAAAUAUUGGUGUGUGUUGAGCGGUGGACAGUUGCACGAAUAUUCAAACUGGAAGCGACAGCUGGAGCCUCAUAUCGACCCCAUCAAUUUGAGAUUUGCGACUGUUCGUGAGGCUCGUAAUGCAGAGCGUCGGUUCUGUUUUGAAGUCAUAACACCUCAUAUGCGACGUAUCUAUCAAGCAACAUCAGAAGAGGAGACUCAAAGUUGGAUUGGCACGAUUCACAAUUCCAUUGAAAGUGUGCUGAAUGGAACAAGCGCUUCUUCAGCCAAUUUAUUCAAUCUAGGCGCUGCUACACCUCCCACUGCUACCACAUCCACUAAACGGCAUGGCAGAUCUUUGAGCGGAGCAUUCAAAAAUGGAUUUGCUGCAGUGGCUGCUGCUACUGCUACUGCUACUGCUGGAUCGUCUGCAAAUCAAGGAGCAGUAGUCAACGCCUCACCUAGUCAAUCAUCCACAGCGCCAUCCAAAGAUCGCACGAGUAAACGACAGUCAGUCCUCAACAAUUUACAUACAAACUCAAAUGCAGCAGACGGAAAUUCACCUUCAGAAGGUGCAGAAUUACUGGUGUCAGCCUCUUCAAGCCCCAAUGAUAGAUUCAGAUGGUCUGGAUUCAGCUUUGGAAGUCAUCAUGAUAAACACAAUGGCACCAACAAACUGUCCAGCAUCCAACAAAGUUCCAACAACAAUGGCAACUAUGUCUUCUCAUCGCUACCCGACUCUGAAGCCAACACACGGCUGCUCUCCAUUCUGAGAGAGGAUACAUCAAACCAUUAUUGUGUGGACUGUGGAGCCAAGAACCCUGAUUGGUGUUCCUUAAACUUGGGAGUGCUGCUAUGCAUAGAGUGUUCUGGUAUACACCGCAGUUUAGGAACACACAUCUCCAAGAUUCGAUCUUUGACUCUGGACAGCACCUCAUACACGCCAGAUAUUGUGGAGCUGCUGAAAUCCAUUGGCAAUGAACGGUCCAACGCUAUUUGGGAUGCACGAUUUGGAAAGACACCUUCUGCAUCAACUGUAGCGACAACAGCAGCCCAUAUACCAAGACCCAACCCCACAGAUUCCCGUGCUAUCAAAUUAGCAUACAUUCAAGCAAAGUAUGUGGGCCGCCAAUUCGUAAAGAAACCAUCAGAGGAAGAUAGCAAACUGACAGCGGAUGAACUGCUUUUUGAGGCCAUUGAUCAAGACGAUAUCCCUAAAGCACUGUUCGCUCUUGCCUCUGGAGGAAACGUCAACUCUUCUCGCCCUGAUUCUACAAAGUCCCCGCGUAUUUCUCUUCUUUUGCCAUCAUCACACUACCCACAGCAACAGCAGCAACAUGUAGCACAAAAGUUUUUGCCGUUCUUGAUGGAUUUGGAUGACGGAUCAUCAAAGAAACUCGAAGUGAAUGCGUCUGAGGACAAGGAUGAAAAGCAAGAGGCAGACGGUCAUUAUAUCGUUCGCUAUGCGCUGCACUAUGCUCUACUGCAUGGACGUGAAGCUACCAGCGAUGAAUUAUUCUAUCCAUCUCCUGUUGUUUUGCAGAGCAACAGCAGUAUCAAGACCAACAAUACUGAAACAGACGGUGAUGAAUCAUCUAUUAUAUCAACAUCCUCUGAGAAUGCACAUGCCCCUACUGUUACUUCUUUAUCGAUAUCACCCAGAAGAACCAUCUUUCCCAUGGCAGAGUUCCUCCUUCAAAAUGGCGCUGAUACAGGUAUCGUUGAUCCAGAAACUGGUCUCACGUUAGCAGAUCUUGUGGGCAUGGGCUCCAUCGUAAAUGACAAUGCAAUCGCAUACAUCAGUAUGAAGAACACGGCUCGUGGACAGUCUGCAAUCACACGCUCUAGCACAAUAUUGAACCAGCAUUUGCUGAGUCUUCAGCAGCAAAGUAUCAAGGAAGAAGAAGCAGCUAGCCGUAAUAACUCUACCGAAGAUCUAUCUCGCAUUGAAGAAGUAUCCGUCAACGAUAUACCGCCCCCUUUACCACCCAGAAAAGACAACCAACUCCAAGUGGAUCAAUAG